CGAGAGUCCGAAAUGGACGCCAUUUUAAAGAAUUCAAAGCGGAAAUCAGAAAUAAUUUGAAAUUUGCCAUUUUGUAGAAGCACGAUGCUCUAUUUAGAAGAUUACGUUGAGUGUAAGAUUCUUUUAGUUCAUAUAUAGGAUGAUUUAUUUUUAGUAUACUCCUUUUAGUCUAACUUACGCUUUGAAUUUAGUUGUUAAACUGUCAAUGAUUUAUUGAAAUUCAAUUAAGCUAAUAUUGUAAAUUUCAGAGGUAAUAUUGAGACAUAAAUAUAUAUAAUCUUAGUCGUUGCUUCUUUUUCUCAUAUUACGUUCGAUUUUGUGGCAAAUUGAGCAAGUCUUACCCCCUGAAAACUUAAAGUUGUUGGCAUGGUGAUCUUGAAAGCGCGCGGGAAAUCAAAAAUGUAAACAAGGUCAUGUAAGUGACAUGCGCAAAUUUAUCGAGCAGCCCAUUAUAGUUACAGGUGAAAGCAAAGCCAAGGUUGACCUUGUUUUGAUACAGUCAUUCCUCCUUUAUUAAGUAUUUGAUUUUGUUUUUAUGCUAUCUAGAAUAUUUUUUAGACACAAUUUCCAUAAGAAAAGGAAAGAGGUUUGUAUCAAAACACGGUCAACCUUAACCUCACUCACAUUCAAUCAAAGGCUAGGACACUUGUUCUAAUAAUACAAUUAGUUCUUACCAAUCCAUUAAAAUCAAGAAAUUUUAAAUUAAUUUUCACUUCUUACUUUUUUAGUGAUUGAACAGCUCCCUGUUGAGCUGAGGGACAGAUUUACGGAUAUGAGAGAGAUGGAUCUUCAAGUUCAAAGUAAAUUAUUUUAAUAUCUUUAUUUAUUAGAAAACCUUUAAAAAUGCUAAUCUCAAUGUAAAAUGGUAGCUUGAAUUACGUGCAUAAAAUGUCAAAUAUUAAAUUUAUCGUCUUUAGCGAUAUUAUUUUGUUUGCUGCAAAAUGUAACCCAAAAUAGUUGACUGUUCAUUGACUGUUGAUACAGGUAAUUUUGUUGCAAUGAUAGAGUCAGGCAGGGAAAUGCUUUCAACAAUAGUUUUAACCAUGAAAGAGCAGUAGCUUGUGAAUGCAGCCCUCUUUCCUCACUCCCCGCUACUAGGGAUGUUUUACAGGACAGAUUUUGUGCCUCAGUGACAGAAAUUCCAUAUAGAUGAUAAUGUGAAAUCUGGUCAGGAGCAGUGAGGUGCAAGGAGGGACAGAUUUAUUUGCAGGCUAGGGAGAGUGCAUGUAGUAGCUAGUGCUCACUAUACAAGAGUUUGCUAGCUUCAUUGGCAACUUCUGUUUCUUUGACAUGGUGUGAGGAUGCUUAUAUCACCACUUACAGUAAUAAAUAUACAUUGAUCAGGAACCAAUAUUGCUGAAGUUUAUAUCAUAAAGUUUUUUGCUUUCCAGAUAGGAUAGAUGAUCUUGACAUUAGAGUGAAACAGUUUUUCAUGAAUUGCCGCAAAGCCAAGCCAGAGUGGAAGGAACAACAAUACAAACAAAUUAGAGACGUAAGUUGCUGCUGCUGCUGUCGUUGUUGUUGUUGUUCUCAGUAGCUUAAAAUCAAGACAACUCAAAACCCAAGUACAGUAAUUUUUUUUAAGCUUUUAUGUAACAGACUAUAUGUACAUGCAAAUCAGGGCUCGAAAUUGUGACUCACUGUUCGCCAAUGCGACCAAAAAUUGAGCACUGGUGACUAAAUUUUCAGAACUGGUCGCCAGCUGGCGACUCGCGUUUUGUCCGAUGACUAAAGAAAACCAUGACACAACUUUUGUUUUUUAAUCUUUAUAUUAGGAAAUCAGAUAUGGUAUCUAGUAUACAACUAACCUUUCCGUCCCCAGUAAAAUAAUGUCUGAAUAUUACAAGAUGAUCGAAAAUUGAAUGUAUUUCGACACCUCAAUACUCGUUCACGGCGCACCAUAUUGUUUCAGCGGCUUCUUCCGAAACUGGGAGUGCAGGCGCACUUCAACACCAUGUGCUUUUCAUUUGCCUCGAAAAUGGCGGCAGAUACAGGGCGGUUAAUAAAUGGAUAUAACUAUCACCACAAGAAAAAGUACCUGAGUGAAUAGUUCUUAACAACGUUUCUUUAUACUUAAGGUAAGGAGAUAGCAAUUCAAUUCAAGCGACGCUUGCCUAACUCCCGCAAUAUUUUAGGUUUUAUUUUCCUAAAACAUUCUGUCUAAAAUGAAAUGAAGACCUAAAAACUGCACUAAGCCCAUUUUUGUUUCCUCCUGGUCGGAGACUGGUACGAACAAUGUGGUUCUGUAGAGGCCUGGGCCAAGCAUGGCGUUGUUUGCCGGCAGCGAAAGGCGUUGAGGAAAGCAAGUUGAAAAUCAAGAACGGCAUUUUGUAGAAGUAGCAAAGGGCAAAUAUGCAAGGACCCAUGUUGUCUCAGAAUGAAAACCACGGGCUUAAAACGUUUUAUGCUUCGCUUCAUUUAAAAUGACUAUGGAGAAAAACCAUCACCAUCUAACCAGAGACAUAUCACCUGAGAACAACGGUAGCUUUAUAACUGUUACUCGUGUUGUUUCUAAUUGUUUUGGCUCUUCACUUGUGACUUUUCUUGAAUGCAAAGUAACGUAUAAAAUCGUGUUCUUGUGUAAGUUAUAUAUAAAAUAAGCUGGCGACCACAAUAUUUUUCCGUUAGUUGCCAGCUGGCUCCCGAACGAAAAAGUUAAUUUCGAGCCCUGCAAAUGCCAACAAUAACUAUGUUUUAUUCUAAAGUUGGAGUGUUUUCACCAGCUUUUUGUUUACUGAACCCUUUAAGCACUGAUGGUGAUCAACAUCAAUGUUCUCCUUGCAUUUUCAAUGCUUUGUCUAAAAGAGAGGUUACAUUUAAACAAGAAUUAAGAACUGAUCACACAAGAUCUGAUUAAGUUUUUAAGUAGAAUGCCAGCCAGGACAUAAAAGUAGACAGCUGUGAAUGCUGUAGCAGGGUGCAAAGAAAGUCAUUUUACAGCUUGCCAUUCAGGGAAGCUGAAGCUAACAUUUACUAGCCCAAACGUCAUUUCAACUAGCCCCCAAAAUGUUUUCAAGAGCAGAAGUGAUUUAACAGUUCUCCUGUAAGUUGAAUUCCUCAAAAUUUUUCGUAAUAAAUUCUCCUCACUACUUCUACAGGAAAUGUAGGGGAAGUGGCAGUGGGGGUAGCAAAUUGCAAUUUCAAUUUUACAAGGGAUAACUCGACAGUACAGUUAUUGAAUAAUUCAUAUAUGUACAAUGUACUACAUGUAUGAUGGACUCUGCCAACCUUUCCUUGCAGGAGUAUCAAAAGGCUAUUGAGGAUGCUGAUGAAAAAGUUAGCAUAGCCACACAGGUUUAUGAUUUGGUAAGUUUGACUUUGUAAAUGAAUUAAAAUGUUAGAAAUGAUAAGCCAAGGUGCCAAUUUUCAUGUUCAUAAAGGUAUCAUAAUUGUACAAUAAAUUGCUAUUACUGUGUAACCUUGAAAGACCAGGCUAACUUUCACACUAAAACAAUAACAUGUUUAUCUUCACUUGUGUUAAGAUCUCUAUUGCUAUGGCUACAUAACAAAUCAUUGCUUUUGCAGCCAAAAAAAAAGAAUGUCAUAGUGAAAUGGUUUGGUAUUUUAUUGGUGUUUAUAUGAUAAAAAAUAGAUUACUUUUGUAUUACAUGGCUGCUUAGAGAUAAAGGAAAUUGAAAAAUUGUAUUGGAAAAUAUCUCACUCAUUCGCUGGGCUCAAUCAUGAAAUAUUUUUUGAGAGUCUCAAAGAGAAUUCCGGUUUCUUUGCACAGCAAUGUACAGUUGUAAUAUCCUCCAUACGAUUAGCUACUGUACCUUGAUACAACUUCGUAAAUACAUUAUGUUUUCAACUCUUUAGGUGGACAGACAUUUGAGAAAACUAGAUCAAGAACUGGCAAAGUUUAAAAUGGAACUGGAGGCUGAUAAUGCUGGAAUAACUGAAAUCUUGGAACAAAGUAAGUCAUGGUGUACGAGAAGCCGAACUACCAGAACAUCUUAUUACAUUACUACCUCCUCAAUCUCCCAAAAUUCUUCAGGUCCAUGUCGUUUCAAAAGCUAUGAUCUCAACUGGAGCAGUGUAACUAAAAGUGUCAUUAUUUUUGUACAUUUGACUUGUAGACUGUGUUAUUGUAAGAUUAUAAAGGGUACAUAAGCCUUUAAUACAUCAUAAUGUUAUUAUAGGGACUUUAACUUCAAAUGAAAGCUCUUUGGGAGAGCUUUUGUAUUACACUAUCAUUUACCAUGGAUUUCUAAACAACAAAAUUUGACUCUUUUGUGUCAUUUAUUCUCUUUGGUCUUUUUUCAGAAUUAAAGGGUUAAAUACAUUUGCCUUACUUUCUACAGGAUCCUUAAGACUGGAUGAACCUGUGAAUCCCCCUUCACCUGCGAGAAACAAUCACAUACAUGGAUCAUUACAGUUAGGCCAAAGUAAGUUUGUCUUGACUUUGUUUGGCAACUGAAAUGUCACAGAAAAGAGUUUUAAAAAAAUACUGACAUUUAUCAAUAUAUUUGCCUUAUCCCAGGGCUGUCAAUAAGGGUAGGUACCCGGCCAAAAUCGCCGGCUAGUUAGCCAUCCUUAGCUGGCUGCUUUAAUCUUCUUCUACCAUAACUGCUAACAAGAAAUAAGUACGAUCAAAUAAUGAUGAUGAACGACAUUGAAGGCAUAUUUAAACAGGUUUAGAUCUGUGAAACAUCCAAACUGUGCCAUGUCGUGAAAUGCCUGGGAUAUUUUGACGGCAUUGUUCCCAGUCUUGUGUGUACUCUGACGAAGCAACAUUGUGUCCAUAGUGGUAAAAUACCUCGUGAAAGCCCCUGCAAAUGGGGUUUCUGAGACCCUAAAUUCCAAAAUGUCCCAAGAUGUCUCGGCCCUCAAGAACUUGUGCCUUUGGUGUGAGUUCCAAAGCGGCCUGCUAUUCAUUAUCAGCCUGCAACUUAAAAACAUUUUGACAGCCCUGUUACCCCAAGGCCCAUGCCUCUGAAACAACCAUAGCUCAGCAUGCAAAGGACGUUGUGUCCAAUAGCCCUGGAUUUUGCUAUGGGGCUAGUGGAUUCUGCCUUAACUUGCCGGAUGGGGAAACUGUAAUCAAUCCUGCUUGUUGAAAUUUUUUGUGGGCUAGAACACACAAGCUACAGCUUGCCAAAAGGAAAAGCUGUGCAGUGGCUUUCUUUGCACCCUGUAGCAGCUGGAGCAGAUCCAAGUCCCUCGUUCCCCUUGUGGCAUCACCAUGUUCAAGGACAACUUUGUCAUGGAACUUGUGCAGGGGAAAGAAAUCCUUUAAACCACGCCAGAAUGAGUGUGAUUCAGUUAAGGAGGCCGGAGAAAAAGGCUAAAAACAUGUAAAGUCGUCCGAAAACUUCCCAUAAAUCUUGGUCUACGACCCUCCUGCACUUCCUCCUAUCCAAUCCUAUGAUAUUCAAAGCUUUCUCAAAAAAUUUUCCCACCAAAACGAAGCCUUUUAAAUUCCCAGAAAGGAAAGGAAAAAAACGGGGAGGUGGGGUCAAGAAAAGCAAAAGGGGAGGGUAGAAAAGAAAGCAAAAGGUACAAGUCAAGACUGUUGUGUCACUUUUAAACUUCAAAACUAUCUCAAAAUUUUGCUUUUGAUUUUGUGUAAAACAUGUAUUGAUCAUUGCAUUGUCAUUCUCAAACAAGCCCACAAUAGUAUGUUAUCGUCUAUCUCUGAUUUAUUUCAGAGAGAAAACUUGAUGGAAUGUCUGGCGAUCUGGUGAAUGGUGAUCACCUCUCCAUUCCUGGGAUACGAGACUACUCAUAUGGUUCAUUUGGGGCUUACAAUCAAAUGUCGCCAUCACCGAAGUCAGUCAUACCGCAAUCACCAUCCCCUGCUGGAAUGUCUUAUACAGUGGGUAAGUUGCAGUUCAGUUUACUUUAACCCUUUAAGCCCCAAGAUCCACAUACAGAUUCUCCAGACUGAUCUCCAUACAUUUCUCUUAGGAAUAGUUGAGAAAAUUUGGUUUAAGAUCAAAGCAUUAUUUUUCCCUGUGGUAAUCAAUUUAGUAAUUCUCAUAACCUUUACUCUUAAUGAUCUGCUGAUGUUGUUUGGAGAAAAUUGAUGUUCCAAGGUCACUUUUGGGACCUAAAGGGUUAAGUAAUUGGUCUCCCUGCUUGAUUUAUGAUGACUUUUUAACACACAGCUUAAACAGUUGGAAAUUCCUUGUAUUCUGACAUCAGCACUAAAUUCCUAUUUCGUUUUUAAAUCAACAUUAAAUUUUGACACUUUUUUUCUUAGGAUUUUUAGUUUUGGGUAAGAUUAUUUCACGCACAAGUUAAAAAUAUAGCACCAUGUCAGAAUAGUUUUUCUUUCAUUUUCUUGAGAAAGAAUCUGUUUGCUGCUAAGAUACAAUUUCGAACCCAGGCCCAAUAGCUGUGUGCUUCCCGCUGUUUUGCGCCAUUUGUUUUUUUAAACGGCUGAUUCGCUUAGAGCAGAUCUUAAUUUCCAUCUUGAUUUCCUUGAUAUAGCAGGCUCUUUUGCAUGUAUUGGUUUAUCAAUAAACAGAUGCUCACACUCUAACAUCCAGUACGAUGAGGGAAAACCAGAUUGUUCUGGGUCCCCAAGGGAUUUAACAAAUUACCGGAAAUACGUGUCGAAUUUCCCUUCAACUUGAUUGGCAAAUCGACAAUGGCAUUUUAAACAGGCCAAUCAUGGCACGUAGUCAAAUCUGAGUGCUCAGAUGGGGACACAGAAUAAGGAUUUCGGCCCUGUUACGCAGAUGUACUUAACCAGAAGUUAAGUUCUGUCUGUGGCGCAGGCUACGCAGCCAACACCUGCUGUAGAAAAAGCUUCUCUCAUUCUACUCCCAGUUUGAUGUAUAGAGCGGUUUUCAUUUGAGUAUCGUAAAACCAAAACCAAAGUAAUUACUCUAGCCAAUCACAAAGGACACAGACAAUACAGUGAACCAAUUAAAAAUCGAAGUAAUUACAUGUAGCUGACGCAAAGCGCGGGAAAAUGCAUGCGAGCGUGACACAAUUGGUUUUGGUUUUCCUUCUGAUUGGAUAAAAAAGUGGCGCGAAUCUUUUAAGCCAAUCACGUAGCGUAGUAAACGCAAAACCAAUCACCUUUCGACACUCAAAUGAAAACCGCUCUAAUGAUGAAUGUUUGCCUCGUUUAUAGGUGAAGUUGGCGCCGGGUCAACUGCAGUGGCCGUAGCUGCAGCACAGGCAGCGAUAGCUACUCUACCAAUGCAGCCUGGAAGGAGAGGCAGUGGAACCUUGAAGGCACCAUAUGCCGUGGCACUGGGUGAGGACAACAUUAGAUCUUGUCUUUUACCUAAACUGUGUGCUUAACAUAAUGGGAUGCAGUUUUUGGAAAGCAAAACUCCUUUUCUGUUGAAUGCCUUUAACAGGUUAUUUAAGAGGGUACUCAAGCACAUUGGUUCUUGUCACAAAAAAGAUUCUUUUGUUUCCCUCGUGACAUAUUUGAAUAACAAAAACAAGGUUUGGUACACAUUGAUGUUUGUUAUACCCUGUAAGCAAGCGCUUCAUUUUGAGAGCCUAGCGAAGCCAGCCGCGAGAGAACGUGGGAGCGAGUGGCAAAGCAGUGAGGCGAGAGGGACUCCUCUUUUCCGCGCCUUUGCGUCUCCGUUCGCGUUCCGCUUGCUUUCGCGUUUCCACUUUUCUCACUUAACCCUAACAUUACCCUAACUCGAACUCUAACCCCUCCCCUCCUUCCCCCAAAUGAGUAAAGUAUCCUUGUUACGUUCCUGUGAAAGUUGUUACGUUGAAAACAGCUGUCGCUCGCAUUAGUUGCCAUCAGUGAGACCACUGUUAAUAUAAUUCAAUUCUACUUCUUUUUUUUUUUUUGCUUUUGAAACUGUAACAUUAGAGACCUUUAGAUUCAAGGACGAGGACGACAACAAGUGCGAGAUUUGACUUCAAGUUUUUUCGCUUAUUCUCAAAAUAUAGACUCCCUCUGACUCUCGCAAGCGUCAUUUCACCAUUUUCCACUAGAAAAGUUAGCACUGUUACCUUUAGUGAAGGAGGUUACAUCCUCUCCUGAUCGCAAAAUGAUAAAACUUCUAACAUUUGAUAACUUUUUUCCGCCACUUCGACAUUCUCGCCAAAACUCGUAGUAGACUGACGACGGCUACCACGUUUUCCCGCCAAAAUGACGCUGGCUCACGCGCGUACACUACUUAGCACUGAGAAAAUCUCGUACUCGUCUUAGAAUCUAAAGGUCUCCAAUGCUUAGUGUAACAGUACAUAAAUACAUAGUGUAUGCUAAUUAAUCCAUUAAAUUUCCCAUGACGAUAGGGAGUUCAAUAGGCAACUUAGGCAAUCAAUCAAGUGGAUUAAAUGGCCUUCCAGCAAGUAGUAAUUUGGGAAUGCCUUACGACUCACAGUCAUCCAGUGUGAGCUCAGUCAGCAUCCCAGUAACACCUAGUGAUGUCCGUGCUUCUGUUAAUGUGGCACCAACGUCAACGAAACAAAAAAAGAAGUGAGUACAUUUUAUUGUUAUGCUGAGUGCACAUUUUAAGUGGGGUCGGGGGAGUACCUGUAACUUACAUUUGAAAGGGGUGAUUCCUGGUCGAAUUGGAUUUUGGACAUGUUGGUUUUUGAGGAGAGGGGAAAACCGGAGUACCCGGAGAAAAACCUCUCGGGGCAAAGGAGAAAACCAACAACAAACUCAAACCACAUAUGGCGUCGACGCCGGGAUUUGAAUCCGGGCCACAUCGGUGGGAGGGGAGCGCUCUCACCACUUCGCCACUCUUGCUCCCCUUACGUCAUUGUAGUUUUUUCACCACAAAAGUUAGUACACUUAUUUCUAUUGAAGGAGGUUAACCCCUUUCCUGAUUGCAAUAUUAUAAAAUUUCUGACAUUUAAUAACUUGUUUUCGCCACUAUGACAUUCUCGCUAAGCAUGUAGUAGAGUGACGCACGGUGAGUAUCACGUUUUCCCACCAAAGUGACGCUGGUUCUCGCACGCGCGCUUAUUGGUAUUGGGAAAAUCUCGUUUCCGUGGUCUUCCUCGUCUUAGAAUUUAAUGCUCUCUACUACUGGGCUAGGCUCAGUCUCCAGCCUUGGGUGUCUCGAUGCGCCCUCGGUACUCCCCACCCGACUACUGGCUAUUUACAACCUAAAUAAGACGAAAAACAUCACCACCUGUUUCUCUUGGAGGUCCCCGCCUUAAAAAAUUAUCUCUUACUGAGGCCACACAUUUCACUCCUUUUUUUUUCUUCCUUGUUGCAGAAGUAAGAGCGCCGCACAGCAGGUGACAGCAGUAGCGUCAGCUCAGGUCGCUGAACAGGAAGCUGCAGUAGCUGCUGCUGCCGUGCCUGACUGGGUCUACGAUCCAAACGAACCGCGGUAUUGCCUUUGCAAUCAGGUCAGUCAAAUGACAGCAGACUUGUUUAUUCCUAACCUGCCUCGGAGACGUAAUAUAACCCCAGCAUGGCUCGCACAGGCCUUGAAAAAGUCAUUGAAAAAGCAUCAUGUCCUUGAAAAGUCUUCGAAAAUUGAAAAAUUGUGGGAUAUCCUUGACAAUUCCUUGAAAGCUCCUUUAAUAAAAAUAACCUUCGUUAAAAAAAAAUGUUUUGCGCAAAGGAAUGACUGAAAGGACAGCAACACACAAUUUUGUUUGGUGAUCAUGAAGGUGUUUUCUUAUGAUUUCGGUGUUCCCGGCAUAGUUCAUUUUCCGUUAUUUGAAGUAGCCUAGGAACCGUACCUUAAUGAAGGCAGGUAUUGCAAUAAGCGAACCCCCCUCCAUCUACGCAUUCUAAAGGUCUUUGCUUGAUGUUAUUGGGGAAAAGAAGUCGUGAAAAAAGGAUUUUAGUCCUUGAAAAUUCCUUGAUUUUUUCCCAAAAAAUUAUGUAUGAACCAUGCCCGGAAACUAACAGCUGAGAAGCAGCGCCGAGAUCCUUGUUCUCCUUGCCAGAUUUAGCGGUGGGGCCACCCUUUUUUCUGUGAUAUUUUCUUUUAAUUUUUAAAGAAUUCUCAGUGACAUAAAACGCAUCUAUAUUGCUUGCAAGUGUCCCGGCAACCCCUCUCUGAAUAGUUUGGUUCCGCCACUGGUUCUGGACCUUUAACGAACUCAACGAAUUUCCUUUCAACCUGAUUGGCCAAUCGAACAAUGGCUUUUUGACAGGCCAAUCAUGGCGCUUGCUCAAAUCCUGGUACACAGUUGGUUACGCAGAACAAGGAGUUCGGCGCUGGUACGCAUGCGAACUUAACCAGAGCUUUAAUUUCGUCUUUUGCAUUAACCUGAGAAAACAGCCGACAUUUGAGUCCUCGAGACGCCACGACUGGUUACCCACGAAAUGACGUCUGAGAAACGCAGCGUGCAAAGAAAGUAGUGUCCGAUGGUCCAGGGCUAGUGGAUUUUGCCAUCGGGGCUAGUGAUUUUUGUUCUUAACUUGCCCGACGGGCAAGUAUUGUUUUUUGGGAAAAUUCAAAUUAAAGAAGGAUUGUUAUCAAUCCUGCUAAUCAAAAAGGGUUUGGGGGCUAGUUGAAAUGACUUGUGGGCUAGUACAUGCUAGCUACAACUUGCCCGAAUGACAGGUGGUAAAACUGACUUUCUUUGCACCCUUCAAACGGCUGCAGAAAUUCUACACUGAUGACGUGUCACUACCCAGAUCAGGGCAGUGACACGUCAUCAGUAUGGAAAUUCUGCGCUCGUUCCUCAGACCUCAUUUCGCGUGGAGGCCAGUGGUAGCGUCUCGAAGACUCGAAAUGUCCACUUUUUUCUCAUGCUAUGGUGGAGCAGGCUAGUUCAUUCCAGAAUGUUUACACUGGUUCUUUUGGUGAAAGUCCUGGUAAAACAUAGUGGAAUAUUUUAAACGAAUUUAAAAGCGUUAUCCUUUCUUUUCCUUCCGUUUCGGUGGUUUAUUUCUCUUUAUACACUUUCCUUGCGACUCUUAACCCAUAACCUGUAUUUUUAACAUUUAUUUCUUUUCGGUAGGUUUCAUACGGCGAAAUGGUCGGAUGUGAUAAUCCAGAAGUAAGUACUGGACAGGAUUACUGUCGUGUAAUUCAGUCACUAUGAGAUCUUGAAUAUUUCACUUAGAAAUUUAGUGAUAAUAGUAAGACUAUGACUAAGACUACAGACGAUUGUUGCUUCUGCAAAUAUCUACCUGUCGUUACCGGUUCAGCGAAACACAUCUGUACCUUCGUAUAUGGUCCAGCCUCUUACCCUUUGUCAGGAGAGGUACCCCUUUCGUAUACUUUUUAUUUAACAAUUAGUCAUCGAGACGAAGUCGAGGUGACUAUUCGUCGAUAUUCACGUUGCCUGAGGCGACUAAUUGUUUUAGUCUGAUUACAUUGAUUGUUUUAUACCUUCAAUGUUAUAAUCACCGCGCGGUACCCCUUUGACGUACCUGUUUUAGAGCUUGGCAUCCCUUUUACGUCUUUAACGUAUUGAUAGAGAGAUUAAGAUUCACGUUUACGCAAAACUGCAGACGUGAAUUUGUACCACGUGACCAAAUUUUCUCCUUAUUUUCCGUUUACUCUUUAUUACUUCUACACAAAAAUAAGUAGUUUUAUGCCAGUUUUAACCAUAGGAAUCGUUCGGGACUGUUCUUAUCUGCUUAUUUUCUAUUCUGAGAAAUUCUCAACUUGAGACUGACGUUUGCCGUUUGCGGUACUUGAGAAUCUCUCUGAUAAAUCACAAAACCAGGAAAUUUUGUCGACUUUUUCAAUGCCAUAUGCUUGUGUUAGCUCUUUUCGGCCUUUUUUCGGACAGAUUUCCCUCCCUUUUCAUAAACUUCAACUGGUGAAAUCCCCACCCUUGGGUGGAGCCUCCCUGUGUGGGCCAGUAAAGGGAGUACGUCCCCUCCCCCCUCCCGACGAUUUGAAGGCUAGAACAGAUUGAAUUUUGGUCUCUAUUUACUGAUUCGUUCACACCUGUUUUGCCUUGUUUGCUUCCAGUGCCCGAUCGAGUGGUUCCAUUACGGAUGUGUUGGACUUACAGACGCUCCAAAGGGAAAAUGGUUCUGUCCUCAGUGUCAAAACCAGAUGAAACAACAGAGAAGAGGAGGACGACAUAAAUGAGCCUUGUAGUGUUUUCCAGCGAUGUGCAGUGAAUGGGGGGAGCUGUGACCUACACACCCCCUCUGUCGUAUGUUUGGCCAACUCUUAGGGUUACACGUACGCGACUUGUUGUGAGUCGCGUGACUGGUGUUGUGUGACCCUGCUUGGCGCCCUGGCUUUUGGACAAUAGCGUGAUGUUCCAAAACAUUAAACUAUGAGAGAGAACACAUCAUAAAUUUUUAUGGGUUUCGUCAGUUGAGGGGAUUGUUUUGAGUUAAGGGUAUUGUUUAGCUCAAAGGAACACUUUAAUUUGACAUAUAAGAAAAAAUCACACAUGAGUAAUCGUUCGUGAAACUUGAAUUAUGGGCUUAUACACGAUAUGCAUCUGGCGAAUUUGUAUGCUCUUGAUAAACCCUCUAGGGCCCAACAUAGUCUGAAAUGUCAUCCGUUUCUUCGCCCAACCCCCAAACAGAUGGCAAGGGGAGAAACGGAUGAUAUUUCAGACUAGGCCUAACAAUGACAAAUUUCCCUUUAAUUAUGUCUGCAUCCUCCCUCGCAAUCAACCCCAUUAUCCAGAUAUAAGAUAAGAUAAGAAGUAUUUAAUUAGUUAUGUGAAGAAUUCGUGAUAUGAAUUCAGGGUGCAGUAAUUAUAAAAAUCCCAGAAUAUUGAAGAUGUGCAAAAGUUUUAGCAUAGCUGAAAUAGUAAUGUCAUGUCGAGCAAGACACUUUUUGGACCUUUUUCGCGUAGUUUACAAAGCUUUGAGUCCUACCCCAUCUUUUCAUUUUGGAAAUAACUUUUCACCAGAGUCAUCAAGAUAUAUUUUUCGCAUAAUUUUUAUGCAUAGGCAAAUUAAACUAAUUUUGAAUAGUUAUACACCAGACCUCGCUUUGAUAAAUUUUGUUAAUGGGCUUUUUCUUAAUGGUAGUUUCGAAAACGAAGAUUGAAGCACGAAGCACCCAAAUCUCGAAAACGACGUUCUCCGAUCUUAGUUUUCCAGUGCUUCGUUUUCGAAACUACCAUUUCUUAAUGCGUUGUAAAGCGCUCAUAACAAAUACAUAUAUUCAUACACUGCUCAUAUUUUUCCAACAUUCAUAGUGAGCCACAAAGAACCG